CGCCCUAGUCGAGCGUCACAAAGCGCCAAAAGAUCUUGAAGUCCUUAGCCUACAGGCUCCGCCCUCUUGUCUCCAGGGCAACGCGCAGAGCUCCGCCUUAGAUUUCGGAAUAGAUAGUCGCUCCGCGUCCGCGCUCCCUUGCGCCAUGGCUUUCGGCUUAGCUACCAUUCCCGAGUCGCUCUCCAUCGAGGAAGAUUCCUCCUCACAGCCCAGAAAAACUUUUGUCAAAUGGGAUCUGGGCUCGAAGUUGGAGUCCGUUGCCAAGGAGACCACCACCCCUGGCCCGGACUUCCGGCGCGAGAGAAUAGACAGCCCGCCGGAUCUUGGCGAACGAGUCCUACCACAGAUCCACUUCCUGCGGCCGCGGCCCGCAAUCCCGAUGUUCUUAUUCAGUGUAUUGAAUUCCAGUGAUGCAAAUGUGAAGAAACUUUUACCCAAGAGCCAUUUAUCUCGGGUGAUUAUUCGGGACAACCUCAAUGCACAGCGCAUGUACGAGAUGGAGAUGAAAGCUUCCGACAAGACCAAGAGAAAAAUGAGCAACUUGUACGACUACCUGAAGAAAAAGUUCGUGGCAGAUCAGCUGAGAAAGAUGCUGCGCUGGAGGCGGGAGUCACUGAGCACCCAGCGGUACUUGGAUAAGCAACGUCUCUUCAGACACUCGGCUUAGACGGCAAGCCAGCCACCAUACCAGUGGCCUAAUGAUCUGCCCCAGAAACACAGAACCACCUUGGUGAGAACUAAGGGACUUAGGAACAUACUGGUCUCCACCACUGUAAGCAAUAAAGGGAAAGCAGCGGAUAGAAUAGAAGCAUAACCUGUCCUCGGUUCUAAUUUGCUUUGUUCCACCAUCCAUAUGGCCAACGAUGCUUUUUUGGUGGAAGGGGCAGGGUCAAGCCAGUCUCCCUGGUUUGUGUAAACAUGGAGACUUCUGUGCCUACUUAUUUUUUUCUUUUUCUUUUUUCCUACUUCUCUCUUUCCCUCCACCGUCCUCACUCUCUGUCUCUUUUUCAUGUCUGCCCUCCCUCCCUUCCUUCCUUCCUUCCUUCCUUCCUUCCUUCCUUCCUUCCUUCCUUCUCAUCCUCAUUUUGGUGUGGAGACACCUCAGGGAUUUGCACAUGCUGUCCUCAGCCCUGGUGCACACACCCCUGGGUGACAUCUGCUAGCUGCACUGAAGCUGUUGACAUCUUAGAUGCAAAGGACUGAGAAUGACCCUGUGCAAUAUUUAAGUGGUAAGGAGGUCAGGGUGAGGCACCAGACAGUGUUAUUCCUGCCACCCACCAGCUUGGAACCUCUCUGGGUCCCUGUUUCCUCAUCUGAAAGAGUCAGGCAGUAGGAAGAUAACCUGCGUCCAGGAGCUGGCAGAUGACAAGCGCCUGGCCCAGAGCUCUUUCUUUCCAACUGCUGUCCCUCCUGCUGCUUCCUUCUGCGGAACACUUUCAGACCCUCUGCUUCCUCUCUGCCCCCUAAGAGCUUGCUUAAGUCCCAUGCUUGCUUUUCUGGUUGACCUUGGCUUUUUCUGGUGGCUUCAUUCUGCCUGCAGUAUAGCAACUCAAGUCUUGCUCCUUAGCCCUGAUUAGACUGUAAGCAAAUAUUUUAACUUUCUCCCUGAUUUCUUUAGUGAGCCACUAAAGAAAUUUAAGUGUGUCUGUUUAGUCUAUAUGUAUUCAUGUGGUUUCUGUUGCCGUUGAUAUCUAGUUUUAUUCCACUAUGAUUUGAUAAUAUAAAAUAAAUUAUUUUGAUUAUUUUA